AUGUCUCAUUCAAAUGAUACACUUAAUAAUUGGUAUAUUAAUGCAACAAUACAAAUAAAUCGUUAUUUUACAAUAAUUGUCUUUUGUUUUGGUACAAUUGGUAAUAUACUUAAUAUUCUUAUUUUAUCUCAACGAUCAUUUCGAUCAAAUUCAUGUACAUGGUUAUUUCUUAUAUCAUCAUAUGCUAAUCUUAUAUCUAUUUUAUUUGGUCUUACAACACGUAUUAAAUCUGGUUGGAAUUAUGAUUUUACAUAUACAAAUCGUCAUUUAUGUAAAAUUCGUGCUUUUAUUGUAUUUACAUCACGAACAAUUGCUUUUUGGUUGAUUACAUUAGCUACCAUAAAUCGAUGGGCUUCAUCAUGUGUUAAUGUUAAUUAUCGAAGAAUGAGUACAUUAAAAAGAUCUCAACAAGGUACAAUUAUAAUUAUAUUAAUUUCAUUUUUACUUUAUCUUCAAAUGUUUUAUUGUUAUGAUGCUAAUCAAAUUAAUGUUCCAUUACAAUGUUAUGGUAAAUCAAUUCUAUGUCGUCAUUUAACUGAUCUUACAUAUGGAUUUAUUAGUAUUUUAUGUCCUUUAUUAUUUAUGUUUAUAUUUGGUAUAAUGACUAUUUUAAAUGUACGACAAAGUCAACGUCGUACGUCUAAUCUUAUUUUAAAAACAAUAAUUCAAAAUAAUCCAAGAAUUUUCGAUGAUCAACAUAAAAGAUUAAAGAAAAAAUCUGAACAUAAUCUUCUAUUAAUUUUAUUUAUUCAAAUUCUUCUUCUUACUUUAUUAACACUUCCACAAGCUAUUCAAAAAAUAUAUUCAACUAUUAUUCAGAAAAAUUCUUUGAAUUCAUUAGAUAAAACUAUUCAUAAUUUUAUUUAUAGUUUUGUACUUCUUCUUUCAUUUAUAGCUAAUGGAAUACCAUUUUAUAUUUAUACAUUAUGUGGUGGAAUUAUUUUUCGUAGAGGAUUAUAUGAUCUUGUUAAUAUGAUUAAAAAUAGAGUCACAUGUCAAUCAUAA